AUUCAAUGAUUGAGUGAUGUUUUCAAUGCAACUCUCGACUGAAAUCUAUUUAUUAUGAUUUAAAAGCAAUUAUUUAUUUAUUUAUUAAUUUUGGGAUAAUAUUACGAAAUGAAUUCAAAGCAAAUCAUCGCAUAUCACGUGCCACUCGAGUAUGAGAUACAGUGGUAAUCGACUCGUGAGUUACUGUCACUCCAUGUCAUUAGAAGCCAUUAAUUGUCGAUCACAUCAACGCUUGCAUUGAAGCCGAGGAGCGGAUCUCUGGACACAAGAAUUUUACCACAAAUUUAUAGCCAAUUAAUAGUCCGAUGGAUACCACCGACGGAUCCAAUGGUGUGAAUGGUGUCAAUGGGCUCACUAUGGACUCCAUGCCCUCCCGAUCCCUAUCAGACCACACUCUCGUGAGCGCAGGUGAGCACAGGGAGGCCGUGGAUGUGGUGAACGGCAUGGGAGUGCAUGUGCUCAAUGGACACCGACUGCCAUCGUAUGUGUCGAUCAGUUGUGCCAUUUCUGGUUACUCUGAUUACAACCAUUACUGCACCCGAAGACACAUUAGUGUCACUCAACAACCGGUGAAUCGUCUGAAUGACUCAUUUCAUCGCAAAAAUAGUCUAAUCAGUGAAGCGUUGAUAACGAGUAGACAUAAUGUCAAUGAAGACAUCGAUGACGUUGAGAGCAACGGAACCGAGAGAUCCGUCAAUUUGGCAAAUAGUGACACAAACAGUGAACCAAACGAUAAGAACUCAUUCUUAGAGCAACGGAUCGCCAGUUUGUACGGACAGACGUUCGCCAAAGACUGGAGAGAAUCGCGAACUAAAACCAGACAAAAGUUCAACUCAUCUUUCAUUAUCACUAAACAGAGAAGUCCUUCGUGUCCUCCCAUUCAUAAGACCACAGCCAACAGCACCACUUGCAAACUCCCGACACCCGUCACCACCAAAAGCCCACCACAAAGACAUGCGAAUCAAGAGAACAAUAAAAGUGAUCAUCCAAUCGAUACUCAUUCAAAAUUCCCAAAACGGUUACCUAAUUGUGAGACCAAACCACAAGAAUUGGUCAAACAAUUGGAACCACAAAACAAUGGCUCAAAUGAUGAUAAUUCCCAAUCGAUUGAUAAUAAGAGUGAAACCGAGACACAAGUCGUAUCUUCGGAUAGCCUUUCCUGUAAUGACUCGCAAAGCCCUCAAACGAGACCGACGUCUGAAAGGGACGGCAAUUGCCUUUCCUGUAAUGACUCGCAAAGCCCUCAAACGAGACCGACGUCUGAAAGGGACGGCAAUUGGUUUUUGAGUGAACUGAACAAAACUACUCAAGAAAUACAGCAUAAUAUAGAUCUGAUCGAAGCUAUGCUCAUAAGACAGGACAGUCUGAUGAGUGAAGACAUGUCGGGCAAACUGAGGGCAGCCGUAGGAAAGGCUAACCUACUUAUCAAUAAGAAGUUUAAACAAUUCCACGAAUUAUGUCUCAAAAAUAUUAGUCAAAGCUCAUCCGAACAAUUCGUGACCACAAACGAUGAUUUGCAAGGAUUUUGGGAUAUGAUGUCCAUCCAAGUCAUCGACAUUAACCAUACGUUCGCCCAAAUCCAUUCACUAGAGGCUACCGGUUGGAAGGGUAGCGAUAAAGACAAAGACAUAUAUAACACAUCAGACAUACCAAAAAAGACGACGUCGACCCCAACAAAGUCCAGAUCCCGAAAGUCUACUCCGAAAGGAUCGCCCGUCAAAGCCUGUGAUGAGUCCAAUACAGACCGAGAGUCCGAACGACGCAAUCGUCUCAAAGAAGCGAAACGAAAGGCACGGCUGAAGGCCUCGCAAACCGACGAUGAGAUCACAAUAUUUAUUCCCUCGAAAGCACUCAACAAUUGAUUCAUUUUAUGUUAUAUUUUUCACUCAAAACUUACUUAUAAUAUAAGUAUUAAAUUAUUUAUUUAUUAUUUGGAUAUUAGGUAUAUUUGCGGACAAACACUGAGACAAUGAAUUAGACUAUUGUUUCGAAAAAAUCAAUAAAAUUAGACAAAUUUGUGUUUAA